AUGACCUGGAUCAUUCAAGCGGCGGUGCUCUUCGCCUUACCGGCGACCGUGAUGCGCUACAUCGUGGAGUUUGCCAUAGGGCCGCCCUCGACGAUCUACCGGCGAGAGACCUGUCGACCCUUCGACAUCUAUGACCAUUUGCGGAAGACCCAGGCGCGCAUGCUGAUCUCACAUUCCUGCUACCACAGCAUGGCCAAGGAUGGCCCCAUGAGUAUGGACAGUUUGUAUGGAUAUUUGGAGGAGCUCUACGCCCGGCAGAUCAAAGCUGGUACUGUACAAGCAGACGAACUGAACUUGCUGUGGCGAGCGACUCUCACAGGCUUUGACGCAGAUGAGUCGGGCAAGGUCUCCCUUCAAGAGUUCGUGCAAGCGGCCUCCCUCAUUGACGACUUACAUAUCGAAGAUAUUGUACACUUUGUGGACAAGGAUCGCAAUAUUGGCAUGGUGGAGAAGCUGUUAGAUAGCACCAGGCAUCAGCUGCUGAAGAAAAAAUCAGUGAUCCAACCCAUGAAGUCAGUAGAAGUCUUGGGCGGAGACGACCAGACACCUGCCUCUCCGUCGCCUGAGCCACCGCAGCCGGCCACGGAGCCGCCCAACACGGUGACUGAUAGGCGAAGUUCAAGUCCACGAGAUUUGGACUAA